CUGAAAGAAGAUGGCAGCCAUCCAAGGGACAGCAAACAAACUAAAAGGUAAAGAUGGUUCCUGAGAUCGUCGAGGAGGAGGUUAUCGGAGGAACAAUGUCGUUGACACCACCGCCGUUGCUCAAUCUGAACCAUGUCUCGUUUGUGGUCAGAUCUGUAAGCCGAUCGGUGAAGUUCUAUGAAGAGGUGCUUGGUUUUGUUAGUGUCAAGAGGCCUUCUUCCUUCAAAUUUCAUGGAGCAUGGCUCUACAACUAUGGCAUUGGAAUCCAUUUGCUGCAAUGCAACACCCUUGAUGAGGUUCCAAAAAAGAAAGGAAUCAUAAACCCAAAAGAAAACCAUAUCUCCUUUCAAUGCUCAGACAGCUUCCUUCUGAAACGAAAACUUGAAGGAAUGGGAAUAGAGUAUAUCACUGCUGUGGUUGAGGAAAGUGGCAUAGAAGUUGACCAGAUCUUCUUUCAUGACCCAGAUGGCUAUAUGGUGGAGAUUUGCAACUGUGACAAUCUCCCUGUGAUCCCACUCUCCUCAUGCCCGAUGAAACUUCCUUAUAUGAAGGAUCUAAUGCUUUCUUCCAUAUAUGGUAAAGGGUAUCCUAAGUCGCAAUUUGGAUCAUGUGGUGCUGAAGCAGAAACAGUGAUCAUGGAAACAUUGAUGACUGACAUGAUGGAUAUUUCCUUCUGAUAACUGUGAAAUGGAGAAGAGAUUUGUGUACAGCAGUACCUACUUGAAGUUCUCAUUUGGUCACCAAUAUAUCGGUUCCGGGCUGAUGGUCAAGAAGUAGGCAAAAUUAAUUUUUACCAGUUUGAGGGUAAGAGCGACUUGGGGAGGGAUGUUAUGUGAUGAAUAAGCAAAAAGGCAAGGUUAAUUCUUUGUUGCAUUGAAAAACUAUUAUUUUUGGUAAAUAAAUUAAUGUUACUUCUCUUCUCCAUACUAUUUGAAGUCCUUCUAUUGUAUUAGUCAUUUAUGUAUUGUAAAGUUUUAUUUCUUCU